AUGCUAAAAUACAUUAUUCCUACAAUAAUACUUAUACCCCUAACCUGACUAUCAAAAAAUAACAUAAUCUGAAUUAACUCCACACUUCAUAGCCUACUAAUUAGCUUCACAAGCCUACUCCUUAUAAACCAAUUCGGCGAUAACAGCCUCAACUUCUCAUUAACCUUCUUCUCCGACUCCCUAUCUACUCCACUACUAAUCCUAACUAUAUGACUCCUUCCCCUGAUACUUAUAGCUAGUCAACAUCACCUAUUAAAAGAAAGUCCAACCCGGAAAAAACUCUUCAUCUCAAUACUAGUCCUAUUGCAACUAUUCCUAAUUAUAACAUUCACCGCUACAGAACUAAUUUUCUUUUACAUUAUAUUUGAAGCAACACUAGUCCCUACACUCAUCAUCAUCACUCGAUGAGGAAACCAAACAGAGCGUCUAAACGCCGGCCUCUACUUCUUGUUUUAUACCCUAACAGGAUCCCUACCCCUACUAGUCGCACUAAUUCACAUUCAAAACACAGUAGGAUCUCUAAACUUCCUAAUCCUUCAAUACUGAGCACAACCAGUACCCAACUCCUGAUCCAAUGUUUUCUUAUGAUUAGCAUGCAUAAUAGCCUUCAUAGUAAAAAUACCAUUAUAUGGACUCCACCUUUGAUUACCUAAAGCCCACGUAGAAGCCCCAAUCGCAGGCUCUAUAGUCCUUGCAGCAAUCCUACUAAAACUAGGAGGAUAUGGCAUGAUACGAAUCACACUACUCCUUAAUCCAAUCACCGACUAUAUAGCAUAUCCAUUUAUUAUACUAUCAUUAUGAGGCAUAAUUAUAACCAGCUCAAUUUGUCUCCGUCAAACGGACCUGAAAUCACUCAUCGCAUAUUCUUCCGUCAGUCAUAUAGCGCUCGUUAUCGUCGCCAUCCUUAUCCAGACACCCUGAAGCUACAUAGGAGCCACUGCCCUAAUAAUUGCCCAUGGCCUUACAUCAUCUAUACUUUUCUGCCUAGCAAAUUCUAACUAUGAGCGAAUCCACAGCCGUACAAUAAUUUUAGCCCGCGGCCUCCAAACACUCCUUCCACUAAUGGCUGCCUGAUGACUCCUAGCAAGCCUAACUAAUCUGGCCCUACCCCCAACAAUCAACCUAAUUGGAGAACUAUUCGUAGUAAUAUCAACUUUUUCAUGAUCUAACAUCACAAUUAUUCUAAUAGGACUUAAUAUAGUGAUCACCGCCCUAUACUCCCUCUACAUACUAAUUACAACGCAACGGGGUAAACAUACCCAUCACAUCAACAACAUCUUACCUUCUUUCACACGAGAAAAUGCACUCAUAUCACUUCAUAUAUUACCACUACUACUUCUAUCCCUAAACCCAAAAAUUAUCCUAGGCCCCCUAUACU